AUGGCUCUCGCAAAGCUUGCGCUCGUGGUCUUGUUCCUGGCGGCGACAGUGGCGAUUGUAUCAGCGGCAGAAUGCAAGAACAACAUAGCGGACCUGUUACCGUGCCAGGCAGCGGCUCAGAGCGAAACGUCCACGCCCUCCACCGAGUGCUGCACCGCCGUUGGCAAGUUUAAGGAUGAUCCGGCUUGCCUGUGCAGCACCAUCGCCGCGGCACAGGCCGCUGGAUUCACCAUCGAUGCUCCAGUCGCGGCAACCAUUCCCAAGCGCUGCAAGCUCGAUGGAUACCCGACGAGCUGCUCCAAAUCCAAGUAG